UGUUUGUAAUUGCAGCUACCGACUUUAGCCUGCAUUAGACCAGACCACAUCGUUUCCGAGUACGUAGGAGCAGAAGCCAAAUGGAUACCAGAGUGGACAGACAACUCAAUACCGGGCUAGGUAGCUAACUUUUAAACGGAGACAACGGGCUGCCUAAGAUAUUUCCCCUUAGCGUCAGUUACGACAGUCCAGGGUUGCCAAACAACAAGCAUCAUUCAGUGUCAGCCAGAGGUAGCGGCUGGAGCUCUCAGGCGCUUCGUCCGUGACUCCCUGGAACCUGACAGUCCACAAUGUCUGCUGACACCCUGCCUGAGCACCUGAUCUGCGUUGGUGAAUUGGUGUUAAACAUCUUGCAACCAAAGCACCUUUCCAAAAACCCCUGACUGACUGUCUGUGGGCAUCAACCUCCUUCUGGUUCCAUUUUCAGGCCCCUGCUCUUUUUCAGCGCCUUCUCAUCACUUCUUCACACAUAUCCUGCUAGAGUUCACUUGAGCAAAUCUAUACCAGCCUGAAGAAUGCUAUGUAGUGGACUUUGACUUUUGGCUUCUGUGGAUACAGACAACAGAAAAGAGAAUUUGUCCUGUAGGAAUUGAGUAAUUAUCACAUCAUCACAUCCAAGACAAGAUCUCAGCUUCCACCAGGCCUCUGCAGCUUCCCUCCCCUUUGCCUUCCCCAGUACCAUGCUGGGCACACUCCUGCGCAGGAACAUGUCCCAAAAGCUGAGUGUGCUGCUGCUGCUAUUCGGCCUGGUGUGGGGACUCAUGCUGCUGCGAUACACUGUGCAGCAGCCUCGUCAUCAGAGCAGCGCCGAGCUACGUGAGGAGAUUCUGGAGCUCAGUCGGCGAUAUGUCAAGGUCCUGACAGAGGAGAACCAGAAUGCACCUGGUGGGCCUCAAGGAACCUCCAUGGCUGGUUACGCUGAUCUGAAGAGGACUAUUGCGGUGUUACUGGACGACAUUCUGACACGGCUGGUCAAACUGGAGGGGAAAAUUGAACUAGUGGUCAACGCCUCCUCCACUAACACCUCCCAUACAGCAGGGGGCAUCCUUGCUUCUGAUCCCGCUGCCCUACUGAAAGCCCCGAAGCAAGAUACACCUGGCAGCCACCCUGGGACUUCACGCUUUCACCCACACAUCCCUAAUAGGCCUCGUCCACAUCAAGGAGCAUAGUUUUUAGAUUUAUUAAAUUUUUUUUUUUUUGGCACAUCACACUUUUCAAGCAUUUAUCACUGAUGUAACAACAUCAGCCUAAUGAAAAGCAAUAGAGAGACGUAUGGACAUCCGGGAACUUCAAUUGUGGAAUGCGUCUCAGAAGUGUUUUGUGGGGGGUUGAGCGACUUCUUUAUGCUAUAUCCUAUGCUGAUAUUUAUUUUUUUUACCUGGACUACUAAGCGCAAUUUUAUAAAUUUCCAUUGCUGAUUUUAUUUGACUUAAAUUUGAUCAUUUUUUACAAGGUCAUAGUUGAAUCUUGUGACUGUUAAAGUGAGUACAAAAAGGUAUAAACACCAGAAACAGAAUCGUAUAUGCUUUAUCGUAGAAAAGGCUUAAAUCGCUCCCCUGUGUGUACAAAUUUACAAUACUGCUUCAACAUAUCAACAUGCUGGACUAAAGAGUUCAUUCAUGAUAGUUAGAAAUAGCUGCGUCUGGGUUUUAGCUAGUGCAGUUGCUUAAUACUAUACGAAUAAGAUUCUCCUCUUAGCUAACACAUUUAGGGAUUUUUCUAAGAAUACUUUAACAGUAUAACCUGUAAUAAUUAAUUCAAGUAAUGUUAUUUGCACUCCACUUGAAGGAUAAAUGUGUAUUGAUUGUUGCUGCGAGACAGUUUAACGUUUUAUGCAGAAUAUGAUGGGAUGAUGCGUAUUUGCCAUUGUAUACAUGGGCGUGUGUGCUUUGCCUUUGUUGAGAUCCAAUGUUCUGGUUCCCUUCUCUUUCUUUGUGAGUUGUUUCAGUUCAGAUGUGGAAUGGAUUGAAUGUACUGCGAGGUCGGUAUUUAGCCCUGUGGUGCUGUUAAAAUGACUGACCUGCUGCUUACACAUGUUCAGGGUUCAUGUUGCACUGUGACUCUAUAGAGAUUUUCUAAAAAUACUGGGCUAAUCCAAGUUGGACAUUAGGGAUAUUUUAGGGAGGCGAACAUCAAGCUCUGGAAUAUCCAUUCCUCAGCUACAAAAGUGGGCAAUACUUUCAUCAGAACUAUUUGGGUAUUUUGUGUAAUAAAGACAAUUUGCUUGGCAUAAUAAAAUAUGAGGAUGAAAAUUUGUCAUUUGAAUUAGGGCUGGGCAAUAUAUAAUGAUAUAUCGAUAUCGUGAUAUGAGACUAGAUGUCAUCUCAGAUUUUGGAUAUCGUAAUAUCGUAAGUGUUGUCCUUUCCUGGUUUUAAAGGCUGCAUUACAAUAAAGUGAUGCAAUUUUCUGAAUUUACUAGAUUGUCCUAGCUGUUCUAUUAUUUGCUUUUACCCACUUGGUCAUCAUAUCUCAUUGCGUAAAUAUUUUGUGAAAGCAUCUGUAGUCAGCUCUAUAUUAUUGCAAUAUCUAUCUUGUGGUCAAAAAAUAUAUUUGAUUUGAUAUCGCCCAGCCCUAGUUUAAAGAAAACAUAAACUAGUCAUCAUGAUUUCCUGUCUACUCUGCUUCAAAAUGUCUGUCACAUAGACCUGUUAAAAAACUUAACUGUAUGUUAGGGCUGCUAGACUGAGCUAUUAAACUGUGGUUUGACGGAGUUUCUAUUGAGUGAUGCCCUACAUGUACUUCACUUCAUAAUGCUAAAGUAGAAACGAUGGUGAGGUAGUCAGCCACUGUGAGACAACUUUGCUAAUAAAAUGGCCUUAUGGAAAAAUGUGUCCACCCAUUUGAUUACAUUUUAUAGCACAUCCUCUAUGUAUUACCUGCAAAUUAGA